GUAAAGUCGAGACUGUCCUAGCAUGCAAGGGCUGUUUCACAGAUCCGCAAGAAAGGAUGGCCGGCUCAGUCAAGCCCCUCUUACGGCUGUUGGCGGGGCGGGUGUUGCGAGCCUCGCCAUGUGGUGCUUGCUGUUGUCACCCAGCCCGCCGCUUGGCUACGGAGCCCCUGGGCAAUAAGCCGCGGGACGGCCCCAGCAAACCUGGGCCUGUGACUUGGAAAUCUCUGGUGAUUACUUGUGCUUUUGGUGGAGGACUGUUAACAGUAAUGAAAUAUUUCAAGAAAGAAAAAGAAGACAUGCUGGAGAAGGAGCGGACACGAGCUCUGGGAAAGCCAUUGCUAGGAGGCCCUUUCACACUUAUUGAUCACAAGGGACAGCCCAAGACUGACCAUGACUAUCUAGGCCAGUGGGUGUUAAUAUACUUUGGUUUUACACACUGCCCUGACAUCUGCCCAGAAGAGCUGGAAAAAAUGAUUCUAGCAGUGGAUGAAAUUGAUAACAUCUCAUCUCUGCCAAACAUCAUUCCUCUCUUUAUCAGCAUUGAUCCAGAAAGAGAUACUAAAGAAGCCAUUGCCAGAUAUGUUAAAGAGUUUUCACCCAAGCUGGUUGGAUUGACGGGUACCAAAGAACAGAUUGAUCUGGUAUCUCGAGCAUACCGUGUCUAUUACAGCCCUGGGCCAAAAGAUGAAGAUAAUGAUUAUAUAGUAGAUCACACCAUCAUAAUGUAUCUUGUUGGGCCAGAUGGGGGCUUUGUUGAUUAUUAUGGCCAAAACAAGAAGCAUUCUGAGAUUGCAGCUUCAAUUGCUGGGCACAUGAGACAGUAUAAACCGAGCUAAGGGACAGGAAGCUUCCGGCUACAAGGCAAGCAAGAGGAAGCAGAGUUCUGCAAGCAGUUUGUCUUAGCACUUUCCUUAUGGCCUUGAACUUGCAACAAAAAUUAUGCCUACAGGAAAACGCUUUAACCUGGACUAAAUAAAGAACCUACAUGGAAGGAACAAACGUGGAAGAAUGCUUUUCUUUGAAUGUGCCUUAAAUUUGUAAUUGUUAAAGUUUAAGAGGGGCCGUAAUGAAGAGUUUCCUCUUAAAAGACGACUGCUUCUAAAUGUUGGUCACUGAAACCUUGGAAUCUUUCCCCACCCUUGUAGUGUAUGUUCUUGCCCACUUGAAUAGACACAUGUGGAGUAAGAAGCAAAUCCCAACAGGGCUGAAGGCACUGUUCACAGGACCAGCCUUUUCUGGCACCUGAGCAUCAUUGGCGAGUACAUAAGAACAUAAAAUAAGCCAAUCUUGGAUUAGGCCACUGGCCCAUCCA